AUGAGCACCGGGGCUCUUCCCCCUAACUGCGAGCACCAGCACCAGGACCAGCGGGAUCACUUCCAAAAGCCUGUUAAGCCACAAAGCCAUACCAGAGAUAACUCCCCUUCUUCCGGCUCUGAGAGUUCUCGCCGCCCUUCAUUUGGCUCUAUCAAAGAGGAUUCUACAGAAAUCGCCCAGACAUUCGUGGAUACAGAGGACAAUUCCUCUAGCAACCAGCCGCGCAUUGCCAGUAAUCCGGCUACCAGGGCCUUGGUCCAGUCCCCAGAUUCCCCCGAAUUCUGCUGCCCCUGCGGUGCCUUUCUAGGCUGGAAGCAGAUCCGCUUGGGUGGACGGCGGCAGAGUAGGAGCUAUAGUGACCUCCGCUUGUUAGGGAAUGCCCAGUCCAGGGGCUUCGCUUGGGAGGUGAAUGAUGCAACUCGCAUCACGCCUGUUGCAGAAGAACCGAAGAAGUCUGUUAAAAAGGGACAGGCGCCAAUUGAAUUGCUUCCCGCCGAAAUCCUAGACCAAAUCAUCUCCCACUUGGCUAUCGAUAUCCCCCCUAAUGGCUAUACUCCACGGAAUGUUGACCUUGUUUCGUGUCUCCUGACCUCUCGGACACUCCACUCCGCGACGCUCAGUGUCCUGUAUCGACACAUUACCAUCCCACAUUCGAUCAUCUUCUCCAAGGCUCUAAACCAUAUAAAGCAGUAUCCGGCUCUGGGUACCAUUGUCCGGCGCCUGGACUUUUCCCACUUCACCUCUGUUGGGCUGGGUCGUACGCAGCAAAUGAAUGUUGAAAUUCAGAACGUCACUUCCAAGACCCUGUUAGAAUGCCUAGAGUUGCUGACAAACCUCAAGGAAUGUCUGCUACAAGAGCAUCUCGAGGACGAUUUGAAUGUUGACGUGCUCCGAAAAUUGCUCUCGCGAACCCCUUCUCUGCGCGCUGUUGAUUUCUGCGGGUGUUCAUCCUCCAUCUUCUCCGACGGCUUCCUGAACGCCGUCACUGAAGAUCCUGAUUUCCCUGCCACCCUCCCAAGCCUCCGCCGGGUGUCACUUCACGAGUGCAGCGGUCUCGUUCCGCCCGUAUUCGAAACUUUGCUCCCGCGCCUAGUCAACGUGACCCAUCUCGAUGUGUGCCACACCCAGAUUACGAAUUCUGCGUUGAUGUCCAUCCCACAUAGCGCCCGCAUCACACACCUAAACAUUUCACGGUGCACCAAGCUCACUGGACCGGAGGUGGUGAAAUUCCUAACCACCCACCCAGCUGUGAGGGAAUCACUCGUCUAUUUGAAUGUCAUGACUGAUAGCUCUAGACACCAACUCCUGGACGAGACGGACGUCGACAAUCUCCUUCCCUGCCUAACUUCCACCCUGCGCUCGGUGAACCUGGGUGGGGCAAAGAUCCGCUCAUCAAAUAUGCCUUCCCUCCUCCGCCUCUCCAAACACGUCGAAGAACUCGGCCUCGAUUCAGCCAACCUUACCAUCAGCGACAUCAACCUGUUCUUCGCCCUUCCACCGUCCGAUAGCGAUAGCGAUAGCGGCAGCAACGCUACUUCCACUACCAGUACCAGUACCAGUACCAAUGGAAAUGCAACUGGAAACGCCAACAACACCAAGCAUGAAGACCCCAGCGCACAUCGGGUCUGGGUCCCUUCUCAACUCUGCUAUCUCGAUCUCACCAAGAACCCACACGUCACUCAAGCAGCUCUGCUAAACCCCAAGGCCUGUCUCCUCGUCACUCCUCACAGUGCGCCUCUCGACGUGAUCGAACUCAGUGAAAAGAUCAUAAGCCCGCUCCGCCAGCGGAGCCGGUUGAACAAGUAUGGAAAUGGAUGGCUAGUGCGGGACCUGGGGCGGCGAGGUUGGUAUGUGCGCGGGCCAGCGUUGGAGGCGCGGCAGGGUAAGCUGGCGGCGAAGAUGGAUGAUGGGCGCCGGCCGUGGAAGAUGGGGGCGCGGUGGUGGGGGAUGAGGAAGAUCCCUGUUGCGGUGGGGGAUGUUGGGGGGUUGUAUGGGCAUUAUAUGUUUAAGAAGUGAGCGGGUACUAGUUACCAUUUGAGUAUCCUCUCACAUUUUUGCUUCACAUUUUUGCUACCGGCGACGGCGCUUGGGGUUCUGCUUCUUGUGGUUUGUUUUAUUACACUGAUUUCCUCGUUGACAUGUUUGGUUUUUGGGGGGGGUUGGAGGGUGUAGGGGGGUGUUUCCGGAGUAGUACUUUCUUCCUCUUUCUCUCCAUCUCUCGUUUGCCCCCUGUGCCUAUUUCUUUUUCCUAAUCCUUCUCCACGUUCUAACUAGGAGUUUGUUAUCAUUAAGCAGGCCAAAUUUCCCCUCUGG